AGAACAAUGUGUUCAUCAUGUAAACUGUAAUCCUGGAUGUUGUUGUGACAUUAUGCAACACACAAUUACAACAACAAAAAACGACUAUUACGUCUAUUAACUCGACCACCGCGAAAAUUAUUCCAAUUAUUAUUAUUUUUUUUUUACAAACAAGGCGAUGUAAUACGACGUACAAGCAUUUCAAACCCAAUACAAAUGUUUAAUACAAGGACCGGCUUGUGCGCCUGUUUUCGUUUAUCUGUACGUCCCGCAGGCCCGGGCGGGUAAGUGGUGAAAGGUUAGGAAACAGCAAUGGGUGAAGUAGUUUGUGAGAAGAAGUCAUGGCUUUCUGUGAUUUGGCAAGUUUGCAACGCUUUCAUGUCUUUAUUCUUCGCUCUUGCAACAUACGUGCAGAUCAAUGAUCCAGACGCAGGGUUAUGGAUGGUCGGUUAUGGUGUUCCUGCAGUCCUGUGUGCAUUUCUAAGCUUGAAACCACACGUGACAGAGACUUUGGCGUGGAGGCGUGUUGCUGAUCUCCAUGUGAUGAUCUCCAGCGCUGUGGUCGCCAUGUUGGGGUGGAGGGUUCACAAAGAGAGAAUGACAGAGAUCUUCCAACAGGAGGAGGGCAGAGAAUUCUCUGGUCUCAUGUUGACUCUUGUUUGGCUUCUCCUGUGUCGUCACUCUGGAAGGUCUCCAGUCGGGAUGCUCAGAGUCUCAACAGCUGCUGCCAUCACGGUCUUUCCCUUUGUGGCCUGGCUUUACUACUACAUCAACAAAGAACUCAGACUGAACUGGCCUUCACAUUGCACAACUGCCUUAUAAACUUCAACAUCUUACCUUUUUUUUUUCCUGAAAAUAUUCCUCUUGUUUGAUUUUUUUUGACUGAAUAUCUUGGACCAAGGAUGCUGCUUUAAUAAUUGUUUGAAGGAUGAUUAAAUGCAAAAAUAUGACAUCCAUGGGUGUACUGAAAGUGUCGUUUGAUGUGUGAUUUGAGAGUUACAACAUAUUGGAGUCUGUUGAGAGGUUUAGUGGUGCCUAAAGAAAUAGGUAUCGUCUUAAUUUUUCCCCAAUAAGUUUUUGAAUUGGCCCAUUCAGCAGAGGAUAAACGGCCUCAGUUAUAAGCAGUGACAUGUAUGACUCUUACUGCAUAUUUAGUAGGUGCAUACUGACCAUGUAUAGACAGAGUAGGGAGGGUCAUCUCUUCACCAUCCUAGAAAAACUGCAGCAUAAUGCUGAAUAUUGUCAAUCAAUCAAUGGUGUGAUUCAGAGGAGAUUUAGAAGUGGGUACACACUAUGGAGACUGAAAGAAAAGUAUGUAUAUCCGCGUAUACCCUGGGCCUGCACUACACCACUGAGUCUUCUAUAAUUAUUAUUUCAUCAACAAAAUAAAGUAAAUAUCUUAAACUUC